AUACCCAAUACACUAUUCCGCAAAUUUCUGUAGCCGCACCCAUCCCAUCCUACACUACACGCCUCUACAGCCAUGGACUCGCUUUCCGCAUCUGAGCAGCGCGAGCUGCAGACGCGCAUGGAGAAGAAGCAGAUGAAGGAGUUUAUGAACAUGUACUCCAACCUCGUCCAGCAAUGCUUCGACAGCUGCGUCAACGGCUUCGAGAGCAAGUCCCUCACCUCGCGCGAAGAGGGCUGCGUCAUGCGAUGCGUAGACAAGCACAUGAAGGGAUCACAGCGACUAGGCGACCGCUUCCAGGAGCAGAAUGCCGCCAUGGCACAACAAGGAGGCUUGCCUGGCAGGUAAAGCUCUCACCGCGAGAUGCACAUGUCAGAGUGAUAUCAGCGAACGACUUACGAUCCUGUCAAUGUCUGCACAAGCGUCAGCGGCGCUUCGGCCAUAUGAUUGCAAAAGUUGCGUCCAAGGACGAUUUGUACAAUAUAGAAAUGGCACUUGGGUUGACUAGGGCGCAUAAUAUUCUCC